GCAGCAGGCACCUCCCAGCAGUGACAGUAGAACACACCUUGCUGGGGAAGGAGAGACAGACAGACUGAGACUCCAGCAGCCAUGGGGACACCUGGUCCACCAGGGAAGAGGAAACGUAAGGCUGAGGGUCAGGAACCUCCGACUCCAACAUCUUUAGCUGGUAGAAAGCUAGAUGAUACCAUUUGUCACAUCUGUCGGGAGUAUUUGACAGACCCAGUGACUAUACAGUGUGGGCAUGAAUUCUGCCGGGUCUGCAUCACCCAGCGCUGUGCGGGAGUGGAGACAGCCGCCUGUCCUCAGUGUGGAGAAACGUUCCAGAAAAGAGCCUUCAGGUCCAACAUGCAGGGGGAGGCAAGCACAUCGAGCAGGAGUGAAAAUGUGAACGGUCAGGAACAGGAAGCCAUUUCUACUCAACAGCAGGAGCUCAGAGGUAAAUGA